CUCCUCUAGCUUCUUUUUCAACUCUUCGGAGAAGCCUGCCUCUUGCAUGUUUUUGCGGGAGGAUCUCCCGCCUUCUAACAUCGAUUCGUCCGCCAUUAAGGAUAGCAUUCUUGACAUUGCGCCCUCCUCUGCACUGGAUAUCCCAUCUCGUUUCUCUUGGCCACUCUCUCUUGAUUGAGUUUGUUCAUGUUGCGAAACACCUCUUAGCCCAGCAGAGAAUGCCCUUGUUCGGAUAAUGCGUUCAUGGCGAGAACCUGGCCGUAGACGUUGUGCGCGAAGGCAUGGGGCACAGUAAUGAAAAACGAACAGUUGCUGACAUCUCAUCAUUUCCCUCUACCGUUGCUAGACAGUAGAUAAUAGCAUGCUAAUGAACUUUCAAGCAGAUACUCCGUAGUCGUGUUGCGGCGAUGUCUUGAUUACAUCAGCCCGGGAAGGAAAUUCGAAUCUUGGCAUCGGCGAAGACCUUCAAAAAAAGCGCCUUGCAUCAAUUAUCUCUCUCGAAGGGAUCUAAUUAGAAACGUCGGCUUGAAACGCGUCUCCAAAUUUAUCGCAACGUCUGCUCAAUCCUUCAUCCGUCUACCAAUAGAUUUUCAUUCGGAAACUAAAUCGAAUUGGCGUUUCCCCGCACCACUUCCAUAUCAGAACCAUGCCUCCAAAAGGUGCUGCGACGCGCAUCAAGCCACUACAUUUGCAAACAAUCCAAAAACUUCGAGUAAAGAGUCCGAAUACCCAUCAAGCAAACCCAUGUCUUGCCGUCAUGACAAGUGUUCUGAGUUGCUGGGCUUCAAACCGAUCGGGGAGCAGUGGGUGCUUCGCUUUAGAACAACAAUUAAGAGCAUGCAUGGAUAAAGGGAAAAUACAACGGAAAGGGAAGAGCACAAUCAAUUACCAUCUCAUGCGGAUGUUUCCCAAGAUAUCAGGGCCAAGAAAGAAGGACGGCGUGUUUCACUGAGUUUUUAUUUAUAUACAUUUUUAUUUGGGUUCUGCUUUGUUUAUGCUGUGGGCUGUGGGCUGUGUUAUUUUUGCUUUUUCAUGUUCAGCAUAUGCCGUCUUUUAUAGUUCAUCUAGACUCCUCACCUCAAAACGAAUACUGGAAAAUUAGUUAACUGGGUUUCUCGAGCUCCCCGAGACUGGGCGCCCACAUUUGCUGGCUCUAUGUGGUUUAGAGAAACAACCUGCGACAGUUGGAGUUGUGAAUACGCGUUGUUGCAUGGAGGUUGGAGUUUAGGAUGUUUUGGCUUGGUGCAUGGAGAGCGAAGAAACAAGGGUUUCUAGUAUUUUAUUCAUGAGGUAGCUGGAUUUCCCCUUCAUUUCUGAAAGGAAGAAUUGAUUAUCAUUCUUCUCUUGUGUAUAUUAUGAAUCGAAAAUGUAUUUAUUGACGUACGACAUGUCGUUUAUGCGUUAUUUACAGAGCGAAAUUCAUGACCUAAUCCAAUCGGAAAUUCGUUCGCUGGAAGGUGAGGUGAGAACAAAUUCAGUGAUACGUAUAUACACCAUGGAGGGUUAUAGCCGCUCAUCAAAUGGGAGAAUUUCCAUCAAUCCUAUUGGACUGAUGUAUAAGCGGGUCUGAGAAGAGGUAGGCAAAAUAAGUUGUUGAACCCAGGAUCACUGGCCCUCAAAC